GGAGGUGUUCACCUUUUUGACCAUCUCGUUUUCAGAAAGCUGGGCUUCUAGUCGAGUUCGUUUAUCGACUAGGAUCGUCAAAUCCGUUUGCAGCUUCUGGUACUCUGCAGAUAUUUCUUGAAGUGUCGACUCCAUAGUACGAACGGGAUGGAUGAUCGAUGCUGGAGUCUAACUUGCAAUUUCUGUGGAUCACGGCAAGUUUAAUCAAGUUUCUCUACUCUGACUGUGCGUCCGGGACACCAUAUGUUGAUCGUUCGGCGCACGGUUCCAAGUCACGAGUUCCGGUUACAGUAAUCGCUGUGAAUGACGAUCUGCUGAGAUUGGGAUUAGCACCUUGCCAUCUGUCGAUGCAAGAAGUUGCCCACUUGACUAAUCUCACACCAUCUUGUCCUCGUUUCCGUUGGUCGCACCGACGAUGCCCACAGUUACAUUGGAUUGGGAGAAGAUUAAUCAGCCCGACCUUGUGUUCCAACGAUUCCCCAGUCGUCGCCCUCAAAUAUAUAGUACGAAAGGGAUCGUUGCAUGUUCUCAGCCCCUGGCAGCGGAAGCUGGCCUGGAAAUCCUUCGCAGGGGUGGAAACGCAGCGGAUGCAGCUGUGGCCACAGCUGCAGCACUGAAUGUCGCUGAGCCGACUUCCUGUGGUAUUGGGGGUGACGCAUUCUGUCUAUUUUACAAUGCUGAAACCAAGACUGUGAGGGGUUUGAAUGGGUCUGGUCGUGCACCCGCAAAGUUGACUUUGAACCUCCUGCGCCAACGUGGGAUCAGUGGCAGCCAGAUUCCGCUUACUGACCUCAACUCUGUCACUGUCCCUGGUAGGCUCGGAUCUAACGCACCUUCCGUUCUCGCUGAUUGGGCGUCGGAGGUGCUGCCGCUGCUUGGGUUGAUACCGUUCACGCUUUUGGAAGUCACAAGUUAUCCGUGGCAGAGGUACUCGCACCGGCCAUACGGCUUGCAGAAGAGGGAAGUCCACAGCUUUUCGUGGCAGCGUUCGGAACAACUCAUCAGGGAUGCAUCUCCAAACGCGGAGGAAAUGCUGUUAGACGGGGUAGCUCCACUGCCCGGACAGAUAAUGAAAUUUCCCAAUUUAGCCCACACCUUCCGUGCUGUUGCUGAGCGAGGGAAAGAUGGCUUUUACAAGGGUGAGGUUGCCAAAGCAAUUGUUGAGCUGAUCCAAAGCAAGGGCGGGGUCAUGGAAAUGGAGGACUUAGCGACUCAUGAAACCACGUUUGUCGAACCGAUUAAACAUACCUACGGCAAUGAAGUCACAGUUUACGAAUGUCCCCCGAACGGCCAGGGAAUUACUGCUCUCGUCGCUCUUGGAAUCUUGGAACAGAUUCAGGAACAAGAAAAAGUGAAGCCCUUGAUAGAAAUGGAACACAAUUCUCCUGAGUACCUCCACACCCUCAUCGAGGCAUUGCGGUUUGCAUUCGCUGACAGCCAGUAUUAUGUUACGGAUCCGGAGUUCCAUCAUAUCCCGGUCGACAAGUUGCUAAGCGAGGAUUACCUUGCCGGCCGAGCGCGUUUGUUCAACCCAACCAGAGCGAAUCCUAACGUUAUCAAUGGAAAUCCCGUAAACUCUUCGGACACUGUAUACUUCACUGUCGCGGACCAGUGGGGGAAUGCAUGCAGUUUCAUUCAGAGCAACUAUGCAGGUUUUGGGACAGGUGCCGUGCCUAAGGAUUGUGGUUUCACACUCCAAAACCGAGGCGCGGGUUUCGUUCUGAAAGAGGGACAUCCGAACUGCGUGCAAGGUGGCAAACGCCCCUACCACACGAUUAUCCCUGCCAUGGCCCUCAAGGGCGACGAACUUUUCCUGUCAUAUGGCGUGAUGGGAGGUUUCAUGCAGCCCCAAGGGCAUAUCCAAGUUCUGUUGAAUAUACUCCGUGGUUUCACGACGCAGGCUGCUCUUGAUGCGCCUCGCUUUUGCAUUUCCCCAGGUACACCAGAGGCAGGCGGUCGGGACGAGUUUUCAGUAGUCAACGGUGAGAUCUACUUUGAAGAGACCUUUGCACCUGCCACAAUCAAUAAACUCAGAGAGAUGGGCCAUGAUGCUAGGGUUGCAAGCGGCUUUAGUAGAGGGAUGAUGGGCCGCGGUCAAAUUAUCCAGAAACUUGUGGAUAAGUCUGGGAAAUUUGUCUGGGCAGCAGGAUCUGACCCUCGAGCGGAUGGCCACGCAGUCCCCCAAAUAUAAGUGGCAACGAACGUCCUUGAGGGAUUAGUACGAUGUAGAGUAGAAAACGGAUACGACAAGCAAAGGUGGCAGGAGGUGGCAGGAUGUAUAUGCCUACAUCCUCCUUUGUCGUUCGCUUCCGACUAUAAAAAGAGCUUGAAACGAC